AUGUGUAUGGGUACUGAGCCCCCUCACCCCGACAGGAUGAGGACCCUGUGGGAGGGGAGUCUCCGGGAUAGUUGUGUAGGUAGAUACGCCACUCUUCUUCUGCUAUGUUUAGCGGCAGUAAUGCGGCCAUCCGUAGAAGGAGGAUUAUAUUUUCUAGCUUUCUUAGCAUCCGCUACGUGGUGGGCUUGUUAUAAAGAACUUCAGAAAGGAUUUGCUAUUGUUUUACGAAUUUUAAUGGUUAUUAUUUUCGUUCAUAUAUUUUGCAUCUAUUUGUUCCAAUUGCAAUGGCCUCAAGAGUAUUUGGACGGUAACAGUACGUAUGCUAGAUAUUUCGAAUUGUCGCCGCUUAUAAGUGUCGAUUGUGAUGAUCCAAGGGUAUUUAUUUGGUCGGAUCUGAAAUGGGACAGUUACUGGAAUCCGAUUAUUUUAUUGAUUCUAUAUUUUGUUGCUGGAGGUGAAUCGACAUUAUUAUUUAUGCCACAGAUACAAAAGAAACCGGGUGCUUUUAGUCGCUUAGAAAAUAGUUUCAGUGGCCCUCUGAGUCGCCAAUUGUCUCAACGUUUAUCAGGAAAACGAAUGAGACGUUCAAAUACUCAAAGACAUCGAUGGCAAACUGCUACUCGGAAAGUCCGAGUAAGCUACCACUGUUCUCCGCAAUGGCUAAGUGAACGAACCCCCUUAAUACGAAGCGUAAGUCCUUCUAAAAGGUACGGAAGUGGUAAGAAGUCGUCCGUUAUGCAAGAUUCUUCAGGAAGCAUUACUGUGACACAAGAUGGACAAGAAGAAAUACAAAUGCGACACUGGGAUAAAUCAGAAGACGAAGAGCAACCAAAUUGGUUUGAUAAGUUGUUAUUUGCUAUUGAGUCCUUUAUCCAGUUUGUAAUUCGAUCUUCAUACAUUGCUACAAAUAUUAUUAUGAUGACUUGGAGUAUAACAUACCAUAGCUGGUUAACAUUCAUCUUAUUGCUGUGGGCAAAUCUUCUUUGGAUAAUUCCUAAUCAGAGAAGAUCUAUGCUACGUUCUAGUCCAUUUUUGGUGUUUUACGCAUGGUUUUUAUUAAUUUCGGCCUAUAUUUAUUCAAUGAAUUUGACUGAAGAUGAACUUCCAUCCCACAUUAAAAAUAUAAAUUUAGCACAAAUUGGAUUUCAAAAAGUUACCGAGUUACCUUGUAAUCCGUUACUGGUGAAAUGUUUAUAUACUGCUAUGUUCUGGAUAACUCUAAGACAGUAUAUGCAAGAAAGAAAAGAAGCCCAGCGUAGCAAUACUUUAGCUGAUAUGGUAGCUCCUUUGCAAGUAACUGUUACAACUGUUCAGGGUGUUGCCAAACAAGAAGAACACCAGAGCAAAUUGUUGGAACAAAUAGGAAAAAUUUUUAAAAGGUUUCUUACAAAAUUUUGGAUUUGGGUUGUCGCCAUCACUCUUUUUGCGGUUGCUAUAACCGGUAAAAAUAUGACAGUGUUUAGAAUAAUAUACAUGGCGUUAUUCUUAUUCUUUAUAUUAAGUUUUCAGAUGUCUUUUAAAGUUUGGCGAAAAAUGAUGUUUGGAUUUUGGUUAAUUGUAAUUAUUUAUUCCAUGAUUAUUUUGAUUCUUGUUUAUACUUAUCAAUUUGAUAAUUUUCCGGAGUAUUGGAGGGAUUACCUUCAUGUACCUGAGGACCAGCAAAAUGAUAUAGGUUUAGAAAGAUACGAAACCAAACGUCUGUUUAUAAGACUUGUUACUCCAACAUUUUUUGUUAUAAUAACAGUAAUUCAGCUGCAUUAUUUCCAUAAAAAUUUCCUAGACAUAUCGGAACCUAAAAAUGUUAGUAUUAUAGAUAGUAGGUCCGAAGAAGGAAGUUCGAUACAGGGGCAACAAUUUGAACCUGUUAGUGAAAGAACUGAUACAGAUACCUCUACAAUUAAAUACGAUUUAACAAAUAGUGGACAUACUCCGUCAAUCAAACUCCAAAAAAAGUUAAAACAAUACUCGAAAAUAAUUAGACAUGCUGUUAACUUGUUUUUCUUGUUUCUUGAAAUUCACAUUUCAAAAUUUGUUUUAUUAGCUGGAAUUUUUCUUUGUAUUUAUGACCCAUGUGCUAUUCAUAUGGUGAUUAUGCUUAUGAUGGUACUAUCUUUCACAUUAGGGAAAGUAUUUAAAAAUUUUGCUAUACACUUUUGUUCUGUUCUUGUGUCACUAAUGCUUCUUAUCCGAAUGCUUUAUCAAAUAAAGUAUGUAGAUCAUACUAAAUGGAACGUACAAUGUGAUAAUUUUCCGGAAAACGUGUCGAUAUAUAACACCACCAAUACAGCUGAGUGGCUGGGUUUUCGGAAAAUCGAUGCUAACAAUACAUUACCUCGGCUUGUUAAGUGGGAUAUUAUUUUCAUUCUAAUGGCAACCUUAAGAACUACAGUAACUGUGAGGCAACAAAAUCAUAGGGCGGUAAGGGGUAUACUUUUGAAAAGAGUGUAUCUUAUGUUUCCAAAUAUAAAGAGAGCUGACGCUGAUAAAGAUUUAAAGAGUUGCAUAAAAUACCUUUUUAACUUUGGGUUUUACAAAUUUGGUGUAGAGAUUUGCUUGAUGGCAACAGUGGGAGUGAUUGGUAUACGAAAUGAUAUAUAUGCUGUUAUUUAUGGUUUUUGUUUAUGUUUUCUUUUUGCUGCUAAAAGAUCAACAUUGGCCAAAAUAUGGAAUGCUUACUUGGUUUAUAUCGCAAUUAUAAUUCCAAUGCAAUAUUUGAUGGUAAUCGGUUUUCCUCCAAACUUAUGUAUAUAUAUUGCUUGGGAUAAUUCACCACUUUUAAGAAGGCUUCAGGACUGGGCGUAUGUUGUAGAUCCUGUUUAUCCUUUACGCCCUGAAAGAAUAGUUUGCGAUGCAAUUUUACUUUUGUUGGUUUCUCGACAAGCCUUAGUUUUUCGAAUAGAAAAGAGAAACGUGGGGCAAGAAUAUCCAGGUGGCUCAAAUGAAAGCAUUAUACACCAUGCUGAACAAAAAGGAUUUGUCAAUCCUGUACCUGAUUUUAUAACUUUUUGUUGUUCGUAUUUGGACAUUUUCAAGCGGGGUAUUAUACUCGGAUUCAUGUGGGUUACCCUGGCUACUGUUUUUUUGGCUGGAACGAACAGGGUGAAUAUUUUUUCAAUUGGAUAUCUACUUGGGUCCUUUAUUUUCUUAUGGCAAGGAUCCGAUUUAUACUUAAGACCGAUUCCACGCAUUCUCAAGUCAUGGAACUGCCUUCUGGGCUACAACGUGGCUGUUAUAAUGCUUAAAGCAGUAAUACAGUUGUUUGGUUGUGUUUUUAUUGUUGAAAUGAAAACAUAUUGUUGUUGGCUAGUUCAGCUGUUAGCUGUUGGUUGUGUUCGUAAAUAUAGCAACCCAGACUUUAUAAAAAACAUUCAUGAUCCUACUUUCUGUAAUGUUCGUCGAGAAUAUAUAGGUCUUGUAUGGGACGGAGUGUGUUUUGGUUUUCUUAUUAUGCAAAGAAGGAUUUUCAACAGCUACAAUUUUUUCCAUGUUAUUGACGAGACGAAAGCUGCUACUAUACUUGCAUCAAGAGGAGCUGAACUUAUUGAAGAAAUUCGAGAGAGACGAGUUUGUGAACAAGAAGACGAAGAGCGCCAAAUAUUGCAAAAGAUUAAAGCUAAAAUGGAUCGUAUAAAAGCCAACCAAAAAAAGAUUCAAGGACCUUCCUUUAAAGCUAAAAGUCAUUUUGUAGAUUAUUUAUAUCCACAUGCUAGACCGCUCUACAGGAAACACAUACCGGAUCAAUAUAAAGCGGCUAUAAGAUCUGGAGAUUAUUACAUGUUUGAUGAAAUUGAUGACGAAGAAUUAGAUAUAGUCGAUGAAUUGAAGCCUAAAGAAGACGAUGAAGAUUUAGAGAAAAAGGAAGGACUCUCGUUAGGAAAGAUUGACCCACCUCAAGUAUCGUUUUCUGAUGGAAAGAGACACGAUAAAGACAAACCAGAUAAAGAACCUCAGCCAGGCAGUAGCAAAGAAGAAGAUGAUAUGAGUGAACCGACAAAGAUGGAAGAAGGGGAACAAACAACUUUUGAACGAAAACUAUUAAAUAUGCUUAAGUUUAUUCGUAUCUUCCUUAACAGCAUUUUGAUCUCAUGUACCAGAUUCCUUAAUGGACACUCUAAGGAUUAUAGAUAUGUUCUAAAAGUAUUGAAUAAAGAGAAAAAAAUACUGAAGGAAAAAACAGAAUACAAUGUAGGUUUGCGGCUAGGUGCGAGUCAGAUUUGGCAACCAGCUGGUUCUUAUCAUACACUUUUAAAAGGAUCUCGUGAUGGAUCUCUGGAUAGAAUACCUUCUAUGGAAACUGUCAAUUCUCCUGAUUCAUACCGCAUUGCAAUUACACAGAGCAGGCGUAAAGCAAGUGUUCUCACCGUACCAGAGAUUCGUAUUUUGGCACCUAGUUUAGAACGGGGAUUAGAUUCGCCCUCUGAAAGAAGUUAUGAAGGCCUUCCUACCGAUUAUGAAGAAUAUGAAAAAACUGAAAUGUCUUCGCUAGACCAGCCUCCUGUUAUCAGGCUUUGCUUGGCCAUUUGGUAUAUAAUUUUGAGUCAUUCCGAUAUUUUAUGUUAUUUUAUGAUAUUUUUGUAUCAAAUAAAAUCGGCAACAUUCUUAUCAUUGCCACUGCCUUUAAUGGUAUUUCUGUGGGCUACAUUAAAUAUUCCCAGGCCUGCAAAGACUUUCUGGGUCACUGUGAUAGCAUAUCUAGUCGUUGUCGUUCUGAUAAAAUGCAUAUUUCAGUUUGACAUUUUUCAUUGGAAUGACGAUUUAGAAAUAAAAUCAUACCCUUUUUAUCCUCCAAGAAUAAUAGGUAUUGAAAGGAGAGAUGGUUACGCCCUUUGGGAUUUAGGGUUGCUACUUGUGAUAUUUUUUCAUAGGUUUUUACUUAAAUGCUUGGGACUUUGGAAAUCAAACUAUGUACCAGCAGUUUUACUCAGCGAUGGCAAUUACAAAGUCGUUAAUAAUGAAUUAGUACCAGCGGAUUUAAAAGAUGCCAGUUCAGAACCACCUGAACAAAUUACUUCAACCACAGAAGGAAGCAAGAAAGUUGGUGUAUUACAAAAAUUAAUUGAAGAAGAAAAAAGUGAAGACAAUGAAGAGGAUGAAGAAACCCCACUUCCAACAUUGUUAGAAAAGUCUUCUGAAAAAGAAAAAAAGGUGUUAAUAAAGGAUGAAAACGAUACAAUGAAGCCAGUAGAAGAAAAUUUAUCUUCUGAGUCUUGGAAAGGAAAAAGUGGCAAUUCACAAAACACUGAAUCGUUACCUGAUGAUGACAAAAUUGUUUCUUUAAGAAGCGACGAGCAAAAUAUUUGCGAAGAUUAUGCGGAUACCGUUAAACUAGCUACAUUUGAAUAUGCAGAUUCAAUAAAGAAGUACUUCAGAUUACUUCUAGAUCCAACAUCAAGAGUAGCUGCAGAUGUUUAUUCAUACAUGUUCUUGUGUGAUUUCUUUAACUUCUUUGUUAUCCUAAUUGGAUAUUCUUCAUUUGGAACGCAACAAGGAGAUGAAGGCGUAUCUGCUUAUUUGGAAGAUAAUAAAGUUCCUGUACUAUUUCUACUUAUGUUAAUUUUACAAUUUAUGCUUAUAAUAAUUGAUAGAGGAAUUUAUUUGCGUAAAUGUAUUUUAGCUAAAAUUGUUUUUCAAUUUUUACAAGUUCUAAUACUUCACAUUUGGCUGUUUAUCCUGUAUCCUCUCAUGACUGAAAGGAAAUUCAAUUCAGUCAUUGCUCCACAAAUGUACUACAUGGUUAAAUGUUUUUAUUUGCUUUUGUCAGCCUAUCAAAUUCGUUGUGGUUAUCCAUCUAGAAUACUUGGGAAUUUUCUGUGUAAGGGUUAUAACUACGUUAAUAUGUUCCUAUUUAAAGGAUUUAUGCUCGUUCCAUUUUUAUUUGAGUUACGGACUGUAAUGGACUGGAUGUGGACAGACACUUCGAUGACGGUAUUCGAUUGGAUAAAAAUGGAAGAUAUUUUUGCUCAUAUCUUUCAACUUAAAUGUAGUCGUCAUGUAGAAAAUGAGUAUCCUCAGCCUCGAGGAGAGAAAAAGAAAAGUUUCGUUAAAUAUAUCAUGGGAACAAUUAUUUUAAUCGUUAUGAUAGGAAUAAUUUGGUUUCCUUUAGUUUUCUUCUCACUAGGAAACGCUGUAGGUGAGCCGAACGUUCCAUAUGAUGUAACAGUAAAUUUGAGAAUUGGGCAGUACCAGUCAAUUUAUCAAAUGUCUGCACAAUCAAAUGCCAUUUUUUCUUUUAAAGAAGAUCAUUUAAAAACAUUUAUAAGAUUAUAUGCGAGAAAUAAAGGAGCUUCUAAUUUCAUUUCUAAUUAUGAAGCGGCAGAUAUAGCAGCAAUUCAGCUAAACCCAAAUUCUGCAACCGUUUGGGGCAUUUCUCCGCCGGAUAAAGAACAAAUGCUAGAAGAAGUUAAAUCAGAACUUCCAAUUAACAUUCAAUUUGAAUACCAAAUUUCACACAAAACCACUACAAAAGAAGAUUCAGGAGUAAUAAGAGAAAACAUAAUAAUUAGUCUUGAACCGAACACAACCUCUCGUUCGAAUCUUUUAGAAAUGUUAGAAGGUUCUCACUCUGCUUCCCCAGUCCUAUUGAAAUACAUAAUGCCAAAGUUUUUAAAAGUUACCAAUAGGGGAACCUCGAAAGUGUUAAAUUUAUUUAUGGAAGCCAAUAGCACUGAGUUAGAAGCAAAAACUUUAAGAAGUGUUACCAUAAAACUUUCCCAUUCAAAUGCAACCGUUGAGCAGCCAACAAAAGAGUGGUGGGAAUUAAGAGAAAUAACCACUGAUCACAAUUAUCUAGAUUUCCUUUCAAAAAUUCCUUUUGCGGAUGAUAAGUCAUUAAUGAUGUACACAUUUAAUGACAGAAUAUUUCCUUCAAAAUUGAACUUCUUAACUGGUGGCGGAAUUAUCGGACUUUAUGCCAGUUUAGUGUUGGUAGCAGGGCGCUUAUUAAGAGGAUUCUUUAGUGAAAUAUGCUUCAAGAUAAUGUUUGAAGAUUUACCUAAUGUGGACAGAAUAUUACAAUUGUGUUAUGACAUUUAUUUAGUUCGCGAAGCUAGAGAAUUUGCUCUUGAAGAAGAUCUAUUUGCAAAACUCGUAUUUCUAUUUCGAUCUCCAGAAACUCUUAUUAAAUGGACCAGACCAAAAGAAGAAAUGGGUGAAGAAGACCCAGAGGAAAACGAAAAUCAGUAAUAUAUAUUUUAAAUUGUUCUUUGUGUAUUGAAUAUUGAAAUAGUGGAAAACGAGUUUCAAUUUGUUAUUCUGUUCUAUUUAUAUGUAAUGUAUGCUAUGUACUGAUUUUUUUUAAGUGUUUAUAUCUUUUGUAUAUA